AUGGUGCUGGAAUACCUGAGCCUCGAAACGGGCCGCAUGCUAUCAGACACCUUUGAUGCGUUUCGCGGAGAGCAAACACGGAGAGAACGGCUCCUUCGAGGCAUUUCGCGCCUCAUGCUCUCCCUCGCACGCGUUCCACAGGCGCGCAUCCGAUCCUUCCAGUUCCACGACGAUGGCACAGUCACGUUGACAAACAGGCCGCUCUCCUGUAGCGUCAUGAUUCUAGAGAAUGACGGCGCUCCCCGUACUAUGGUGAGGGACGAAACGUACAGCUGCACAGACGCGUUCGUGUCCGACAUGCUCACUUUCCACGACCAUCGCUUUCUAAGCCAACCAAACGCCAUCUACAGCGAGAACGACGGCCGCGGCCAGAUGGCAGUGACAGCCCUGCUCCGCGUCCUGUCCCACCGUCACGUCAGACGAGACCUGCGUAACGGGCCAUUUGUGCUGCAGCUCACCGACCUGCAUGCGAGCAACCUCCUGGUCGACGACGAGUGGAACGUGACGGGCUUGAUCGACAUUGUGUGCACAUGCGCCCUGCCUCUGGAGAUGCUCGAGGCACCGUACUGGCUGACGGGCUGUGCCAUUGACGAUGUCGAGGGCGACGAAAUGGGCCGCUUCGAUGAGGUGCGAUGGGAGUUUAUGCGCAUGUUUGAGUAG